CGGAAGCGCCGAGGAAAUGCCGGGCGCCGGCGAUGGCGAGGCCAACGUCAGUGUAGACGGCGACCCCGGGACCAGAGCCCCGUCGAAACAUCCCGGACCGGUGCAGCCAGGCAAGUCGUAAUGGAGGGGUCCAGGCAGCCAAGAGUGUCUCGUCCGCACAAGAUCAGUGAGUCAUCCAAGGUGUUCAGGUGGGCGGAUCAUGCUAAUGAGGUCCUUCAGGGGCUGAAUGAGCAGAGACAGAGAGGACUGUUCUGUGACAUAGUGCUUAUGGCAGACGAACAGAGUGUGUCAGCUCACAGGAACCUGUUGGCUGUCUACAGCGACUAUUUUAACUCCAUGUUUACCAUUGGAAUGCGGGAAGCUUACCAGAAGGAAGUUGAAUUGAUCGGAGCCUCCUACAUCGGCCUGAAAGCUGUGAUCGACUUCCUUUACAGCAGCGAGCUCCCUUUGGAUGGUGGAAACAUUGACUACGUUCUGGAGACGGCCCACCUUCUACAAAUCUGGAAAGUGGUUGAUUUUUGUUGCGAGUAUUUAGAAAAUGAAGUGAGCGAAGAGAAUUACCUUUACCUUCAAGAGCUGGCCUCAAUCUAUAGCCUGGAGCGACUGGACUCUUUCAUCGAUAGCUUUAUCCUGCAGAAAUUUGGUACUCUUUCGUUCACGCCCGAUUUUCUGCAGAACGUCACGGUCGAGAAACUCUGCCUCUAUUUGGAAAGCAACAACGUACAGCAUGAAUGUGAACACGAUUUGCUGCAGGCUGCACUCCAGUGGCUGACCCAAAGCCCCGAACGAGAGCGGGAAGCACGACUCGUCCUCACCAACAUCCACUUCCCGCUGAUACCAAAAAGUGACCUGUUGCACCGAGUCAAACCCGCUGUGUGUUCCCUCCUGCCCAAAGAGUCCAAUUGUGAAAGUUUCUUGGAAGAAGCGGUGUAUUAUCACAACAACCCAGUGAGGCAACCAUUCCUCCAGAACAAGCGCUCUAUGCUCCGCUCAGACACCGAGAGGCUGCUGUUUGUUGGGGGCGAGGUGUCUGAGCGAGGAGAGGAGCUGAGCGACGACCUGUGCUUCCUGGAUCCUGCAAAAGGACAGUGGUCGUCUGAAACCAUGUUGCCCUCAAGACGGAGCCACCACUGUGCCACCGUUUUUGGAGGGUUUAUCUUUGUGGCUGGUGGAAGUUCAUCUCGAGACAACGGAGGAGAUGCAGCUUCCAACCUCCUUCAUAGAUACGAUCCUCGGUGUAACCAGUGGAUAAAGGUUGCUUCCAUGAAUCAGAGGCGAGUGGAUUUUUACUUGGGUGCCUUUGCAGACUUUCUAAUCGCCGUUGGGGGCAGGAAUGAGAACGGUGCUCUUUCCUCUGUUGAGAUCUACAACCCAAAUAAAGAUACCUGGUUCUACGUUGCUGGUCUACCAAGAUUUACAUAUGGACAUGCUGGGACAAUACAUAAGGAAUUUGUGUACAUCUCAGGAGGUCACGAUUAUCAAAUAGGACCUUAUCGAAAAAACCUCCUUUGCUAUGACUAUCGAACUGACGUUUGGGAAGAAAAGAGGCCGAUGAUAACUUCUCGAGGGUGGCACAGUAUGUGCACACUGGGGGACCAUAUCUACGCUAUAGGCGGCAGUGAUGAUCACAUCGAGUCUAUGGAGAGGUUUGAUAUUUUGAGGGUGGAAUGUUACAGUCCACAUUGUAAUCAGUGGACCAGAGUUUCCCCUCUGUUACAGCCCAAUAGCGAGUCGGGAGUCGCAGUUCUGAAUAAAAAAAUUUACAUUCUCGGUGGUUACAGUUGGGAGAACACGGUGUUCUCAAAGGCUGUGCAGGUAUACGAUCGAGAGAAAAAUAAGUGGUUCCGUGACUCAGACCUGCCAAAAGCGAUUGCAGGCGUCUCAGCUUGUACUUGUUUACUGAAGCCGAGAUCGUCAGAGAAAAAACUGAAGAAAAUCAUUAAAAGAACUGCAACACAUAAUAACUGACUAAGUCCCACAGAAGCUAAGGAUAUCUGUUUUGUGUAAUUCUAUGGGCCUAGAGUAAGUAUGCGAAAAUGAUCAUGCUGGCAAGUUGCUCUCGUGUAGAUUUGUGAAAUACAACCUAUUCUCUUUAUUUAUAGUAAAUGGAUGUACUGUUCUGUUCCUGCACACAACACAUCAUCCCACAGUGUAUGAGCAAAGAUGGUUAUUGCAGUGUUAUUGAAAUAUUGUGAAAAAGCAACCUAGCAUUAUUGUUUUCUCUGUAGAAAGAGGGUAGAUUUACUAGUUAAUCAUCAAUUGCAAGCGUGUACAGGAAGAGAUACAGUAACAUACAUGAAAGUCAUACUCGGUCCUAAGAUUAUUUGUGUAUAUAGUCUGAAACAAGGUAGAUAACCUGCCGCUUUACAUCCUAACCACAGUUAUCACGUGCAUAUGUACCAUUUUUCAUGUGUCCAAACUCAGUAGUUUUACUAAGAUGUAGUAUGCAAAUGGUUGUUGAAAUAGAAAGAUGUUGCGAUUGAGCUGUGUAAAAGUUUUAGGUUGAAAGAAUGAGCAUUGCAAGUUAAUCACUAUCUGACAAUAACAGUUGCAAGGUUCUCUUAAAAGGAGUUGAACAACGAGCAGUUAAUGUGCUCUAUAUUGUUGUAUUGUCGCUCUGAGAUGCUACCCUGCGUGGAGGGUGUUAUAUAAGUCCAAGUUGUGAUUGUGGUGGAGAAAGUGACAACAGUAAUUAUGUGCUUAUCAUAAUUUUAAUCUAUUCGAAAGUAUAAUUGAAAUAUUAAUGCAACGGUUUACUAUUUUAUAGAUUAAUUAGUUGAACUGCAAAGACAGACCAUGUUUAUCAGGGAAUUGUUUGGUUGCUUCAGCUGAGAUGUUAAGGUAUAUAGGGUUCUGUUAGUAACAAUAGCACACCAGCACAGAAGGAAUACCAAGGUUUGACAAAGUGCAUUUAUCAUUUAUUAUUGACAUAGAUUUUACAUUCGGCCUCUGUGCUUCUCCAGGCGAGGGGUGGUGGUGGGGGCACAUGGUACCCGUUCAGCCCUCAGCAAUGAUGCUCUUAAGCUCGUAAUGUAGGGCUAAGAGGCCAUUCCACCCCCUCUAACCCCCCCCACCUUACGUUAACCCCUCCGCUCUACGUACCUAAAAACUAGCAGUCUCCCAUUUAGAAGGAAUUCUGUGUUUGUAUUUGGAAAACUAGCUCAGGGCAGCUUUGUGGUUAUGUUUCAAAAGUGCUCUCCUGCAGUGAGAACUAAGGACAACCUAUAAAGAAAUUCAUACAAUUUUAAGGUGUAAAUUUGGAUUGUGUCUUAAUUUGUAGUUGCCAUCCUGAUGUUUUCCAUUAUUGUGGACGGCAGUAAAAUGUGAGCAAUAUUUUUUAACCAAAAAUGGCUUAUAUCAGCACAUCAUGAUUCAGCUGGAAUCUAAUAAUCACAUUUAGCAGAACAAUAACAGCACAAACGAAUGUAAUUAUGUGCCCAAAUGAUUAUUUUAUUUAUUCUGAAACAAUUAAAGCAUGUUUUGCGACUGACCAUGAGCUCCAAACCUUGAUUGUGGAAUAUAGCAAUAAUGUACAGUUAAGAAUUUUUGCUGUAAUUUUUCACAAUUAUUACAAUUCAGAAUAUAACUGAGGACUAAA